AUGACAAAAGAUGUUGGUAUGCACAAGGAUUCGACGAAACGUUCCUGUCGGACCCUCGGCAGGGGUCCGUCAUGUGGUGUUACGCGCACGCCGGCCCCUUCGCCGGCGGUGGCCGGGGUAGGGGGGCGUGUGACGCUUGGGCAACUCCCGCCGCGACAAAAGUGCGCGCGCGCCAGCGCCCGCGACACUAGUGCUCCAGCCCGCGCCAUGCCGCGCGCCCCGCCGCUGCCGCUGCUGCUGCUGCUGGCGGCCGUCGCAGCCCGCGCCGCCGACGUCUUCGUCAUCGCCGACACCGCCAACCAGACCGCCGCCGUCGCCGCCGCCGCGCAGCAAACCAUCGCCGCUGCCAAUGAGCUCUCUCUGUCGUCCGAUGUCACCGCAGACGAGCUCGCGGCCGUCGGCAACGCCACGGACGCCGAGCCGGUGGUGCGCAAGAAACGCACGUUCGGCGACAUCGUGUUCCGCGGGCUAGCCGACGUGCUGGGCUACAACGUGGCGCGCAAGGCGCCGCAGGUGGUGUUCCCGCCGCCGCUCGCCCCCGUGCCCGGCAUCGACACGCCGCUGGCCGCCGACGCGCGCGCGCAGGACGCGCCGCUGCAGAUCCCCUUCGCGCUGGUGCCGCUGCCGCAGGCCGCGCCCGCGCCGUGCGGCCGCGCAGCCGCGCCGCCGCCCUGCGCCCCGCCACCCCCGCCCCCGCCCAAAGCGAAGCCUGCGCCGCCGCCCUGCCCGAAACCGCGCGCCCUCCCCAAGCCUAAACCUAAGCCGAAACCGAAGCCGAAGCCGCAGCCGCCGCCGUGCGGCAGCGGACGCGCCAACCCUACGACCGCGGCGCCCUGCGGCGCCGCUCCCAAGGCGGACUCGACUCUGGAAACGGUGUCCUCCAAUUUCCGUUUGGAUUUCAACUUUAACAGAAACCCGGCCUCCGCCGCUCUGACGCAAGCCGCCGCGGACGCACCGCCGGAAGUCCCGCAGGACGAGCGACCAGACGCGCAGCAGGACGCGCCCGCCGCGGUGGUCGCCAUCCGGCCGCAGGCGGCGGCGCUGCCCCCCGAGCCGCCGCGCAGCCCGCGCGUCUACCUCGACGCGUACGUCGUCCAGAACGGGGUCACCCAGAAGAUCCAAACGAUCGACGCGACGGCCGGCGCGCAGCACCAGCCCGACAACGACUUCCUGGCGUACGACGAGCCCACUGACGCGCUCGACGCACCCGCGCCCGCGCCCGCCGCGCCCGCGCCGCCGCAGCAGCGAGCGCCGGCCGCGCCCGCGCCUCCCGCGCCGUCCGCGCACGACGACGACUACGAUUACGUGCAAGACGCGGGGGAACGCAGCAUGAGCGUGCGCGAGUUCGGCGCCGCCGUCGACCAGUUCUGGGACGGCAAGAAGAACAAGAAGAAGAAGGUGCCGUCGUACGACUACCGCGCCGUGCACUUCGGGGAUCGCGAGCUGGCCGACCGACUGCGCGAGCGCAGCGCGACCGAGCACGACACGCACCAGCCGCUGCAGCAGGCGCCCGCCGACGACGAGGAGGUGACGACCACGACGCAGGACCCGCGACGUCGACUCAAGCCGCGCGUGCUGCCGCCCACCGAGAAGAACCCAAACCAGAUAGACACGAUCACGGUGCGCGUGCCGCCCAUCUACAAGGAGAAGCGGCCGCGCAAGCUGCACCGCGAGCCGCAAACGGAGACGCCGCCGAGCUCGGACGACGACGACGCGCCCUACAAGCCGUACGAAUACAGCUACCCCGAAAGAAGCAACUUCUACGGCGACUUCGGCCCGUACUCCUCCGACCGCUACUCCCAGCUCGCGGCGGACGCCAACUCGGAGAACAGCGAGCCGUCGCCCCAGACGGAGCGGCCGCAGCGCAAGCGGCGCCGGAAGACCAAGCGUCGCACGCGCUCGCUGCACAGCCAGCACUACACGGCCGGCGACUACGACUACUACGGCAAGAAGCUGCCCAUCUCGCAGGAGGAGGAGUACUUCCGCGGCCUCACCAUCCCGCCGCCCACCGCCGACGAGGACUUGCUGCGCGCGGAGAAAGCGCGCGACGGCAACGGGCACUUCCUGGACGACCACGAGCGGCUCCGCGACGACCCCGAGCGGAUCAAGAGUAACAAAGCGAGCGACAAGAAGCAGACGGACGAGGCGGAGGGCGCCGACGAGACGGAGGCGGCAGAGGCGGACGAGAGCGAGCGCUCGAGCGAGGCGCAGCGCUCGGGCGAAGCCGAACGCUCGGGCUCGGCGGAGCGGUCGGGCUCGGACGAGCGCAGCGACCGGCUGGGGCCCAACGCCCGCGUGCGCGAGUCGGGCUACGCCAACAACUACGUGCGCGCGCACAACGUGCAGGUGCAGGACGCGCAGCCGCUGGUGCGCGCCGUGCGCCGCAAGAAGCCCGCGCGCGCGUGA